CGAAGGUGGUGCGGCGCCCAGCCGCAGCCUGCACCGCGUCCCGAGGGUUACCUUCCCCGGCCAUGCACCUCACCUGGCGCUGACAGACCUCCCGGCCCGGUGGGCGGAAUGGAGAAUCGAAGUGUGCCUCCCGGUCCUUAUCGGGCCACUAAGCUGUGGAAUGAAGUUACCACAUCUUUUCGAGCAGGAAUGCCUCUAAGAAAACACAGGCAACACUUUAGAAAAUAUGGCAAUUGUUUUACAGCAGGAGAAGCAGUGGAUUGGCUUUAUGACCUAUUAAGAAAUAAUAGUAAUUUUGGUCCCGAAGUUACAAGGCAACAGACUAUCCAGCUAUUGAGAAAAUUUCUUAAGAAUCAUGUUAUUGAAGAUAUCAAAGGCAGAUGGGGAUCAGAAAAUCUUUAUGACAACAGUCAGCUAUUCAGAUUUCCUGCAAAUUCUCCACUUAAAACUCUUCCACGAAGACAUCCAGAAUUGAGAAAAGACAGCAUAGAGAUCUUUUCCAAAGAUAAAGACAGUAUUUUUAAAUUACGAAACUUAUCUCGUAGAACUCCUAAAAAGCAUGGAUUACAAUCCUCUAAGGAAAAUAAAGAAAACAUGAACUGUGAAAUCAAUGAAGAUCAAGAAAACUCAGUUGGUCAGAGAGAAAUAAGCCAGAAAGAUGUUGAAGAAGUUUGGAGAUAUACUAUUCUGACCUACCUGCAAACCAUUUUAGGUGUGUCAUCCCUGGAAGAAGUCAUAAAUCCAAAACAAGUAAUUCCUCAAUAUGUAAUGUACAACAUGACCAAUACAAGUAAACAUGGAGUAGUUAUACUACAAGACAAAUCAGAUGAUCUUCCUCAUUGGGUAUUAUCUGCCAUGAAGUGCCUAGCAAAUUGGCCAAGAAGUAAUGAUAUGACUAAUCCCACUUAUAUUGGAUUUGAACGAGAUGUAUUCAGAACAAUUGCAGAUUAUUUUCUAGAUCUCCCUGAACCUCUUCUUACCUUUGAAUAUUAUGAAUUAUUUGUGAACAUUUUGGUUGUUUGUGGCUACAUCACAGUUUCAGAUAGACCCAGUGGGAUACAUAAAAUCCAGGAUGAUCCACAGUCUUCAAAAAUCCUUCAGUUUAACAGUUUGAAUUCCUUCAAAUCGACUGAGUGCCUUCUUCUCAGUCUGCUUCGUAAAGACAAAACCAAAGAAGAAUCAGACACAACUGAGAGACUGCAGAUAAGCAAUCGCGGAUUUCAAGAAAAAUGUAUUAAGAAAAUGCAGCUAGUGGAUUUAAAAAACAGAAGAGCCAGUGCUAAUGACAUAAUAGGAGGAAGCUGUUAUAAUUUAAUAGGCCUAAGUAGUGUGCAUGUUUUAUCCUCUAACAUCCAACCAAGGUGCUACUCUUUAGAAGGAAUUAUAGAUUUACCAGGGAGUUCAAGUAAAGAGGUCUCCACUGUUUUCCAUCAAUCUGUAUUGAACAUAGAAGGACAAAAUAAUAAACAAUUUUUAGAGUCUGAGACCAAACAGGAAUCCAUAAUGCGUCUUCAUUCAGAGAAAAGUAUUCAAAAGCCACGCAGUGUUGGUUUUAAGAAAACCUCUACUAUGACUGUUCAAGAUCAAGAGGAGUUAUAUAAUGGGAAAAGCAAGUCAAGACAGCUUUGUAGAUCUCAGAGUUUACUUUUAAGAAGUAGUACAAGGAAGAAUAGUUAUAUCAACAUGCCAGUGGCUGAAAUUAUCAUGAAACCAAAUCUUGGACAAGGCAACACAAGUGUACAAACAGCUGUGGAAGAUGAACUCGGAGAGUCUAGUACCACAAUCAAUAAAAGACUCUGCAAAAGUACAAUAGAACUUUCAGAAAAUUCUUUGCCUUCAGCCUCUUCUAUGUUGACUGGCACACAAAGUUUGCUGCAGCCUCAUUUAGAGAGGGUCGCCAUCAAUGCACUACAGUUAUGUUGUUUGUUACUCCCCCCACCAAACCGUAGAAAGCUUCAACUUCUAAUGCGCAUGAUUUCUCGAAUAAGUCAAAAUGUUGAUAUGCCCCAACUUCAUGAUGCAAUGGGUACAAGAUCACUGAUGCUACACACUUUUUCCCGGUGUGUGCUGUGCUGUGCUGAAGAAGUGGAUCUCGAUGAACUUCUUGCUGCAAGAUUAGUUUCUUUCUUAAUGGACCAUCAUCAGGAAAUUCUUCAAGUGCCCUCUUACUUACAGGCUGCUGUGGAGAAGCAUCUUGACUACUUUAAAAGGGGCCAUAUUAAAAAUCUUGGAGAUGGACUGAUUGUUCCUUUGCCAACAUAUUCAUACUGUAAGCAGAUCAGUGCUCAGGAGUUUGAGGAACAAAAAGUUUCUACCUCUCAAGAUGCAAUUUCUGAACUUUUAGAGAAUAUUAUUAAAAACAAGAAUUUGCCUCUAAAGGAGAAAAGGAAAAAACUAAAACAGUUUCAGAAGGAAUAUCCGCUGAUAUAUCAGAAAAGAUUUCCAACCACAGAGAGUGAAGCAGCACUUUUUGGUGACAAACCUACCAUCAAGCAACCAAUGUUAAUUUUAAGAAAACCAAAGUAGUAUAAGAUACGAACUGAAUUACAAAUUAUAUUAUACUUGUAGUACUUUAGUAAAUGAAAACAUAUCUAAGAAUUCCACAACUUUUAAAAAAAUAAGUCUGUUUAUUAAUUAGUUUUUUCUAAAUGAAACACAUUAUAUAAGGAGGUGCCAAAAUAGUUUUUAUUGAUGUGAGACUGCUAAGAAACUAGUGGAUCCCAACUGAGAGAAAAUUACAAUAGGUGUUACCAGAUAUUUUAAUCAGAAACAAUCAUUGGUUUGUUGUACAACUAUCUGGAAAAAGCUGUCAUGUGUGAACUAAAAUUGUAUUUACUUGAACUUUGAAAACUGACACGUAUUCAGCAAGAUUAAGCUAUAAUUCUGUUUUUGAAAGAAGACAUCAGCAUGUGUACUUAUGUAUAUUAGCUUAAAGAAUUCAUUGUUUAGGGUUACUUUUGUGUCUAAGGAUAAGAAUGUGAAGAAUAUUUGAAAACUCAGUGAAUUUUCAACAGCUAAAUAUUGCACUCUUGUAUAUUGUUUGUACUUUUGGUCUAUUUAUAUAUGUUUGUGUUUUUUAAGUGUGUAUAUAUAAUACUUUGGUUUACUUUAAGAAUUUAACGUAACUACUUCAUUCUUUUUUUUUCAAUGAAUAUAUAAGUAUAAGGCAAUCAUGUGUUCAUUCAAAAGAUAUUUAUUUGGCAACAACCUUUCAUUAUUUUAGUUAUGGAGAGACAAUGAUAAAUAACACAAAAUCUCUUCCCUAAAAGUAUUUAUUUUCUAAUCAUGGGAGAUACACCCAACAGAUACUUAAUAACAAUACACCCCCCUGAUAUCAGGUCAGCUGAAGACUGACCACUGUGACUAUGGAACAAUUCUCCGGCUAUGGUUUUCAAACUGUUGUUUAUUAGAAUCACCUGAAGAGUUUUUACAUACACGCUAAGGCCCUACCUUAUACCAAUUAAAUCCAAAUUUUGACAGAUGGUAUAUAGCAGUAUUUUCAACCUUUUUCAUCUCAUGGCAUGCGUAACUAAUUACUACAAUAAAAUUCUGCGGCACACCAAAAAAAUAUAUAGUUUGCUGAUCUGACAGGAAAAAAAGGUAUAAUUUUGAUUCAUUCACACCUGACAGCUAUUGUUGUGUUGGCUAUUGUCAUUUUUUUUAAAUUUCACAAUCUAAAGGAAGAUAAAUCAGUGUCCCUAACUAAAUAAUCAGGUGUUUCAUGUUUGGAAAAUUCUUGCAGCACGCCCAUUGAAAAUCACCAGUAUGUAGACAUCAGUAUUUUUCAAACUUUCUCUGUGAUUCCAAUAUUCAACCAGCUUAGAGAAUCAGUGCCCAAAACAUUUUUUAUAAAAUAAAUGGCAAGAUGGUGGCACACUGGCUUUUUUAUCAGAAGAAAAUACCAGUAUAAAUGCCUCUUACCCUAAUACAGGGUUCUUCUAGUUUAGGUUUGAUUGAUUUGGCACAAAAUUGAAGUCUUUUUUUUCUCCCUUUUACUCCAAGAUUGUUUAAUACUCAUUUCUUAAAUAUACAGACACACAUGAUGCCUGGGAGGUGGUAAACACUGUCCAGUGCCAGCUCUGGUUUUUCAGGGUACUGUCACACUAUAAAAUGAUAAUGUUCCAUUUGAAAUUACGGUGUUUCAUUAAAAAUUUGACAUAAAAUGAUAAUUAUAUUUUGCCCAGAAACCUUAGCUAUCAAAGUAUUGGACCAUAUUAGGAUUCUUUCCAAGGUGUUUGUGUGUUAAAACUUCUGUUUAAAGGUGUUUAAGAAUGUGAAUUAUGUUGCAUGUUGAGAAAAAAUUAUUAUGGGUUUUGUAACAACUUAAUUUUGUUUUUAUAUUUAUUGAUAUUAAAUAUAACUAUUAUA